AUGGCUCGCCGACCUCAAGAUCCCGGGGACGAACAACCGACGCCUCAGUGCCUGCAAAGGAUUCAGAGCGACCUGGCGGAGCUGCACGCCGACCCACCGCCGGGCGUGUUCGUCUCGCCCGAAGAGAACGACAUGACCGUUCUGCACGCCAUUAUUGUGGGUUCCUGGGGUACGCCUCUAGAAGGCGGCUUCUUCCACCUGGUGCUCAAGUGCCCCGGCGACUACCCUUUGCGACCGCCUCGCGUGCGCUUCUUGACCGGCGUGGGCAAGGCGUCGUUCAACGGCCACAUCUACGGCGAGUCUAUGUGCCUCAGCGUGCUCGGCACAGCUCCCGGACCGAGUUGGAACCCCGAGAUGAACAUCAGCAGCUUGCUCGCCGCCAUACAAUCCUUCCUGGCCGAUGGUGCUUCAGAGCGCAUGCGCCACAACGCGAUCAGCAUCGCUGUGUGUGACACGCUCGAAGCUUGCCUGCGAGAGAGCACUGCAGACUCGCCUUCGAUGCCUCCUGCUCUGAAGAAGCAGGUCCUCAAGUACUACACCGACAACUAUGCAAAGUACGAGGACGCGGUGAAGGCGCAGAUCGGUUCGCCGGGAGCGUUGUCGUGGGUCAGGAAUCUAAUGAUUGGCGAUUACCAACAACUGCUCAAGCGACUUCGAGACAUCAAGAAGAAGAUCGACGACCAGAACGCCGCUGCCGCUGCAGAGUGA